ACCAGUUUUUAGCUGCCUCCCUUCGAGAGAAGUUAUUUAUAUUUUUAUUUAGCGCCUGAAUGACGCAGCAAAACACGCCUUUCUUUUAGGUUAGGAAUCGUGUCUGUUAUUUGAUCAGUCCGUCAUUCCUUUUGUUACAUUCUCAUUUGGCAUUUUAAACUACGAGUUACAGAGUUACAGAUUGAUAAAAAUUAGGAAGAAUUUGGAAAAAUAGACAUUAUUUUGUCAAAUUAAUCAUAGGUGCUAAAUGACGUCGAUUUUGGAAAAUACGAAACAAGCCGAGGAGGAAAUCGAGGCUUCUAUGAGACUUCGAUUAUCUGAGGAUACAGUAAAUAAUUCUUCAUUUGAGGAAGAAAAAUCUGAAUCUGCUCCUCCCGAAUUAACUCCAGAGACAGAUAAUGAGGACAAGAAUAAUUCUACAAUCGAUGAUGAGCCUCCCACGUUGAUCCCGGAAAUAAUUCAAAAAAAGAUACAAGAUCUGGAGUCGAAAGAAGUCAAGGAAUUUGUUUCGAACUUGUCCCCGAAAGUAAAAAACAGUCAGGAAAAUCCUUUAACCGAAAAAGAGGAGGAAGAGUAUUUUAAAUUGGUGAAACUGGAGGAAGAAUUGGACGAUGAACUUUCGAAAUUAAAAACUGAAUUGGAUUUGGCUCCUUCGAAAGAGACAACGAUGAAUUAUCUUCAUGAAUAUAAUAAUAUUAAAGACGCAACUCAAGUCGUUUUGAGCGCUUUGGCCACGAUGAGGGAAGUCACUAUUGCGAGUCUUCAUCAAGAAUUUAAUUUGCCGAUUACUGACGAAUGAUUUGUUUUUUUAUUUUUAUAUUUUCGCGGAGAGGAAAAAAAUCGGCGUUUAUAUUCUUAACAUUUUAUUACACGUUUUUCAUUAAUAUAUUAUUAUUUGUAAAUUUCGUUUUGCCAAUUAGAUGAGCGAGAUUUUAUAUCUUCAAAAGUUAAUUUUUUGUUGAUAUAGAAUAUUUUUAU